AUGAAAGCUGCAAUAAUCCUUGCAACCCUGCUGACAGCUCUAGCUGUCUGUCAGGAUCACGACUACUGGGUUGACCGAGUCUGGGGGGAGCUGCAGCAGGCUGUGACGUGUGCAACCUGCGAGAUCCUGUUAGGCACAUUGAAGACCGUGGCGCAUCAGGGCCCAGAUGUUCUGCGAGCCGUCUUGACUGAGGUGUGCACGCAGGCCAAGAUUGCCGAUGCCGAUGUGUGCCAGGGCACCACGGCCGCCCAAGCGCCCAGCGUCUUUUACAUCCUCGAGCAGCUGCAGAUUGGAUCGGCGACCAGUCGCAAGCCCAUGCCGCGGAGCGUCAACCAUCUAACGGGUCGUGAAAAUCGAACCGUCCGCGUGGCGCAUCUCAGCGACACGCACGUUGACCGCUUCUACACGCCGGGGGCCAGCUAUCUCUGCUCCCCACCCGUGUGCUGCCGGCCAUAUACAGCGGGCAAUGCGCCCAACGGCACGCUCUUCGCCUGCGGGGACUGGGGCAAUCCUCGAUGCGAUCCUCCCAUUCGCCUGCUGACGGACAGUUUAUUGCCCGUCCUGCAGGGCCUGCAGCCUCCGCUUGCCUUCAGCCUAUUCACCGGGGACGUCGUGCCCCACGGUUUCUGGCUCACCAGUCGAGCGUCCGUCGAGGCCGACUACAACACCACGUAUACCGCGCUGCAGACGCUCAACCGCCAGGGACCCGUCUAUCUCGCCCUCGGCAACCACGACACCUCUCCGAUCAACAUCUACCCGGUGUCUCCCACGCAACCUUCAAGUUUCAACCCGCAAUGGGCCUACGACCUCUUCGGCUUCUGGUCGAACCGGCUCUCCCUGCAACCGAGGCCCCCAUCACCAUCACCAUCACCAUCACCACCAGUACCAGUCCCCCAACCCAAGAACCACGGCAACUACAGCAUCCUCCACCACCACCACCAGACUGACACCCCAACACUCAAGAUAAUCACCCUCAACAGUCUCCUCUACUACCGCCUGAACACCCUCAUCUACACGACCCCACCAACCCCCGACCCCGUCUCCCAAUUCGAAUGGCUGACCACUGAACUCCACCAAGCCGAGAUCCACCACCAGCGCGUCUGGCUCCUCACCCACGUACCCCCGGGCGACAGCCACAUCCUCCCUUGCUACGCCUGCGCCCUGAGCCAGAUCAUCGUGCGCUUCCGCGCCACCAUCGCCGCCAUCUUCUCCGGCCACCGACACCUGGAUCUCUUCCAAGUGUACUACCGCCCCCUACCCCCAAAUCACAUCUCCAGCACCACCUGCACCCGCGGAGCCAUAGGCAUCAACUACAUCACGCCCAGCCUGACAUCCGAACACGGCCGGCCGGCCUUCCGGCUCUACGACGUCGACCCUACCACCUGGACGGUCGUGGAUUAUACGGUCUACGUGGCGGACUUUCAGAGUACCUCGUCGUACUACUCGGCCCGCGAGGUAUAUAGGACUGGCAUGGAGGAAGAGGAGGAGGAGGAGGCAGAUGAUAACCCGCCGCCCCUUUCCCCGGGUUUCUGGGAUGAUUUGACGGUGCGCAUGGCGGGGAAUGAGACGCUGUUCGAGGAGUGGUGGACGCGACGCACGCGGGGAGACUGGGUGAAGCCGUGUUCUGGGGCGUGUCGGCGGAGGGAGAUCUGUUACUUGAGGGGUAGGCCGGACGGUCGCGAGGGGGAGGGGUGGGAGGGCUGUCCCGGGAGUUUUGUCACCAUGGGCGGGCAUGGGGAUGACUUUGCGUGGGCGGGGCAGUGGAUGAUGGAAUAG